GGGAGUAUUCUUAGUUACUGUUGUAGUUUAUUAUUGUUUGCGUGUGCUGGAUUUUUGCUUUAAGAAUUAUGGCUUUUGUUUUUUUGCUGUUGGCUCUCACUCUAGCUUCAGCCAAAGCAGUAGUGAUCCCAGGAAACUAUGGAGGACACCUUGGAGCUGCUCCCCACUACAACCCAGGAGGACCUUUGGCUUACGCUACUGGUGACCACGGACAUGACAUCGACUAUUACGCCCAUCCCCGUUACAAUUACAACUACGGCAUCUCUGACUCAUUAACUGGUGAUAACAAGGCUCAGACUGAAUACCGUGACGGUGACGUAGUGAAAGGCAGCUACAGCGUAGCUGAACCGGACGGUUCGAUCCGCGUGGUCAGCUACACUUCCGAUGACGUACACGGAUUCAAUGCUGUCGUGAAGAAAAUCGGACCCAGCUAUCAUCCGGCUAAAGUGGCUGCCCCUUUGGUCAUUGGUGGUGGUGUUGGUGCCUAUGGACAUGGAGUCCUUGGAGGUUAUUAUAAGCAUUAAGUAUUAAUUUUUUAUAGUUCGUUUUCUGUGUUUUAUGUAUCAUUAUUGUUAGGAAUUCAUUAAUAAAGAGUUUAUUUUA